GGAUGUAAACGACGAAGAUGAUAACUAGAAGAUUGCUGGAUAAUAAGAAUAAAAAUAUACUUAUCAAAUCUUUAUCUACUCUCAACAAGUCUGAGCCUAGAAUACAAGGUGCAGAGCCUUUAAAUUGGCAGGAGUUCUUAGCUAUACGGAAGUCACGUCAUAGAUAUGAUAAUAUAGCUAGUAUUCCUACCACAUUGACAGGUUUCUUCGGUGGUGCUAGCUACUUCUCUACCUUAGAUCCAGGACAGAUUAUUUUCGGAAUCGAAGCUGUCUGGGUUUAUUCAUUUGCAUCAUUAGGUUGUGGUGCACUUGGUUGGUUAACAGGUCCAACGCUGGGUACAGCAGUCUGGAAGUUCUUACACAAGGCAAAGUUACCUGAGUAUGAAAUAAAGGAGAGAGUUUUCUAUCAUCAUAUAAUGAAGAAUAGAGUUGAUCCAGCGAGACAAUCAGUACAAAAUCCAGUUCCAGAUUACUACGGUGAAAACGUUUAUUCUUUACAAACAUAUAGGCAAUGGCUUAGAGAUCAAGCUACAUAUAAUCGUAAAGCUUAUUUAUCUGAAAAUGAAUAAAUGUUGUAAUUUCCCACUCUUUCUUUUCUCACAACGACAUCAUCGAUGGGUCUUUUAGAGAAAUUGCAUAUAGGCCAUCAUAGCCAUAGCUCUAGUAAAGAUAUUAACUCACAAAAUAAUCAAUCAAAGUCUUCUCCCGCUAUCCCUAAUAGUACUACCCCAAAUCAUCCGAAUACGCCGCCUAUUAACAAUUCUGACAAUGAUUUUUCACAACAGAAAGACUUUAAAUCUCAAGUAGAAAGCUCAAACAAUCAUUCUAAUAAACUGCAUCCAAGUUUAGCACCUUCUACUCAGUUGGAUGAUAAUAAACCAACUCAACAACAGCUACAACAACCAGCUACUCCAAAUUCUAGUUAUAAUAAAGUUCAACCACGCAAAACUCAAGGAAGAUACACUCUGAAGGAUUUCGUCCUUGAAAGGACCUUAGGUACCGGUUCAUUUGGACGUGUACAUCUCGUGAAAUCAAAUCAUAACUCUAGAUUUUAUGCUAUCAAAGUAUUAGCAAAAGAUCAAGUCGUUAAAAUGAAGCAAGUUGAGCAUACUGUCUCCGAGCGUGACAUGUUGGCACGAGUUCGUCAUCCUUUCUUAGUCAACUUAUGGGGCACCUUCCAAGAUCCAAAGAAUCUUUACAUGGUUAUGGACUUUGUCGCUGGUGGUGAAUUAUUUUCUUUACUUCGUAAAUCUCAGCGCUUUCCAAAUCCAGUGGCUAAAUUUUACGCUGCAGAAGUAGCUUUAGCACUUGAUUAUCUCCAUAGUUUAGAUAUUAUCUAUCGUGAUCUCAAACCUGAGAACAUUCUACUUGGUGCAGACGGACAUAUUAAAAUAACGGAUUUCGGUUUCGCAAAGUAUGUCCCAGAUGUUACAUGGACACUUUGUGGUACACCAGAUUAUUUAGCUCCAGAAAUAGUUCAAUCUAAAGGCUACAAUAAAUCGGUUGACUGGUAUGCAUUGGGUGUUUUAAUAUUUGAAAUGCUUGCUGGUUAUCCACCUUUCUACACUGAAGAUUCAAAUCCUAUGAAACUAUACGAAAAGAUCAUCGCAAAUAAGCCAAAGUUUCCUUCUUACUUUGACCCAGUUGCUAAAGAUCUAUUGAAGCAAUUAUUAAUGGCCGAUUUAUCAAAACGUUUUGGUAACUUACAACAUGGAAGUCGCGAUGUAUUCACGCAUGAGUGGUUCAAAGAGGUAGAUUGGAACAGGUUAUAUAAUCGAGCAAUUCCUGCUCCUUAUAUCCCCAAAAUCGCGGGUGAUGGUGAUUCUAGCCAAUUUGACAAGUACCAAGAAAACGAUGUUAGUCUUUAUGGUCAAGCAGGAGAUGAUACAUGGGGACAUCUCUUUAAGGAAUUUUAAACCUAGUUACGGAUAUUAACUUCUGCCUAGUCACGACUGUAGUUUCUAAUGUAAUUCUUGAAUAAUCAUUUUAAUUGUUG